AUGGAGGAAAUCGAGCUGUGGAGGCGUUCCUGGGGUGAGCGCCACCCGAGGUCUCCACGCGCGCCCGCGGCCCCUCCGCCACCCUCCGCGGCUGCCUUCACUGUGCGCCGCCUUUCAGGGACAUUCGUCAGCGCCACUUCCCCGCAAGUUGUUUUCGCGGACAUCAGUCAUCGCUGGCUCCUGCUGCUGAGCCUGCUGGAGCCCGGCUGGCCCGCGGCGGACACCGGAGCGCGGCUGCGGCGUGAUGCGGGCGGCCGCGGGGGCGUCUACGAGCACCUCGGAGGGGCGCCCCGGCGCCGCAAGCUCUACUGCGCCACCAAGUACCACCUGCAGCUGCACCCGAGCGGCCGCGUCAACGGCAGCCUGGAGGACAGCGCGUACAGCAUCCUGGAGCUCACAGCCGUGGAGGUGGGCGUCGUGGCCAUCCGGGGGCUUUUCUCUGGGCGCUACCUGGCCAUGAAUAGGAGAGGGCGCCUCUACGCCUCUGAGAGCUACAGCGCAGAGUGCGAGUUUGUGGAGCGCAUCCACGAGCUGGGCUACAACACCUACGCAUCACGGCUGUACCGUUCGGGGCCCGGGGCGUCCGGGGUGCGGCGCCCGCUCAGCGCACCUGAGAGACUGUGGUACGUGUCGGUCAACGGCAAAGGCCGGCCCCGCCGCGGCUUCAAGACGCGCCGCACGCAGAAGUCCUCGCUGUUCCUGCCCCGCGUGCUGGACCCCAAGGACCACGAGAUGGUGCGGCGGCUGCACAGCGACCUGGCCGGGUCACCCCGCGAGGGGCCCCGGAGGCGACGGCGGCGGAAGCAGAGCCGGGGCGCCCACGCCUAG